AUCAGCUUUAGGUAAGGAGGUAUUACUUGCGAAGAAAAACGGUGGUGGUAGUUGCGCAUACAAAGGGCAGCCUUUUAACAUUUGUCCCAGAAAACGCCAUGAGCAGCAAACAGACAGUAGCAGAAGCAGUAGCAGGGGAAGAAGUAGCAGAAGCAGUAGAAGUAGAAGUAGAAGUAGAAGAGGAGGAUGUUAAAGUAAAAUUAGGGUGUUAUGAUGGAUUUGUGAAGUUGGUGGAAGACCCAUCUGAGGAAAUCAUGCUUUUAUGGGGUCUUCAACAACCCAUCUUUUCCAAACCCAACGCUUUUGUUCAUCAAUCCUCUCUUUCUCUCCGUCUCGACGCUUUUGGCCAUUCUAUCAACAUCCUUCAGUCUCCCUCUUCUCUGAUGACACCCGGAGUGACUGGAUCAGUAAUGUGGGACAGUGGUAUUGUUUUAGGGAAAUUUUUGGAACAUGCGGUGGACUUAGAGAAGCUGCUUCUUCAGGGGAAAAAAGUUGUUGAGUUGGGCUCUGGCUGUGGAUUAGUCGGCUGCAUUGCAGCUCUUUCUGGUGCACAGGUUACGUUAACGGAUCUUCCCGAUCGGCUGAGGCUGUUGAAAAAGAAUGUUGACACCAAUUUAAAUUCUAGUGACAUAUUGGGCUCGGGAAUGGUCAGCGAACUCAUCUGGGGAGAAGAUCCUGAUCCUGAUAUACUUGAUCCAUUGCCAAAUUAUGUGCUAGGUUCAGAUGUGAUUUACAGCGAAGAGGCUGUUGGAGAUCUGUUAUCUACCCUAAAACAAGUUUGUGACAAGCACACGACAGUUAUCUUAUCUGGGGAACUUCGCAAUGAUGCGAUUCUUGAACUUUUCCUGGAAUCUGCCAUAAAAGAUUUUUGGAUAGGUCAAGUGGAUCAAUCGGAGUUUCAUCCUGAGUAUAGCAGUCACCGAGUUGUUAUCUACAUUCUGGUAAAGAAGGAUAAUGAAGAUUGUAUCAAUGAUAAUUGAUAAUUUAUGCUGGUAUUUUAAGUUGUGGUAAAGAAGGAUAAUGAAGAUUGUAUCAAUGAUAAUUGAUAAUUUAUGCUGUUAUUUUAAGUUGUAACAACCA